UGUAAUAUCUUCUUUAGGGGGAAAAUAAAAAAGAAAUGUUAUCGUUCAACUUGCAUUCAUGAAUCAACAACUGAUUUUUCUAUAUAAAUAUUCAAGAAUCCCACUAAAUUCAGUCUUCCGCAUUUCUAAUUACCUGUUAUUUUUCAGUUACUUGGAUUCUCCUUACAUAAGUUAUCUGGUGAAAAGUUGAUUGAUCCACAAAGUUGAUACAAUGCAACGAGAGUUUGUAGUUGAUGGACAAGUUUACAAUUAUCAUCAUUUCAUCUAUUGCGUAAAUUGUGAAGCUCGAAUUGCUCGUAUCGAGGAUUACAUUCCUAAUGUGCACGACAUACUUUAUGGAGGGUACUUUAAAACACUGAAAGAUGUUGUUGUAAUAGACCAGCCGAUAUUUCAUCUACUUGAAGAUGGAAAUAACCUAACCACAGCCAAUACUUACUGUCUCCAAUGUAAUUCGCUGAUCGGGUGGAAACUUAUUGCAGCCACCCGACAGCCAGACUAUUUCAUAGAAGGAAGAUUCUUUAUGAAAAUUGGCGUGCUUAUGUUCCAGAAUCGUGUAACGUUGCGAAGUUAUAUCUUAGGAAGUGCAUAUCGAUAUGGUCUUAUUCAACUUAGUGGCGCUAAUGCUCAAGUUGGAGGCGCUAAUGCUCAAGUAAUUGGAGGCGCUAAUGCUCAAGUUGGAGGCGUUAAUGCUCAAGUUGGAGGCACAAAUGCUCAAGUAAUUGGAGGCGCUAAUGCUCAAGUUGGAGGCGUUAAUGCUCAAGUUGGAGGCGCUAAUGAUCAAGCCUUGCUGUAUUUGAAUGAGGAAGAAGUUGGAGGCGCUAAUGCUGAUCAAGAUGGAGGCGCUAAUGAACAGGGUCCUAAUGAUCAAGAUGGAGCCCCGCCAAUGAAAUGAAUGAAGAUGUAGAUCAUCAGGCUGAUAGAAAUGCAGACAUUGAUAGAGUUCAUACUUUACGAAGUGCUAUUGUGUGAUACUCUUUUUUCUCUUUUGAUUUUGGGAUACAGUACAUAUUAUUACUGAACUUUUUACAUAUUUUAGCUCUGGUACAACCGUUCUCUA